AUGGCCUCCCUUGCUGCAGCAAAUGCGGAAUUUUGCUUCAAUCUCUUCAGGGAGAUGGAUAACAAUCACGGCAAUGGAAAUGUGUUCUUUUCCUCUUUGAGCCUGUUCACUGCCCUGGCCCUGGUCCGUCUGGGUGCCAGAGGUGACUGUGCUGCUCAGAUCGAUAAGAUGCUUUAUUUCAACACUGUCUCGGGACACAGAAACUCUUCAAAUAGUCAGCCAGGACUACAAUCUCAAUUGAAAAGAGCCCUUGCUGAUAUAAAUGCAUCUCACAAGGAUUAUGAACUCAGCAUUGUCAACGGUCUUUUUGCAGAAAAGGUGUUUGACAUUCAUAGGAAUUACAUCGAGUGUGCUGAAAAACUGUACAAUGCCAAAGUGGAACGAGUUGACUUUACAAAUGAUGUAGAGGAUACUAGAUAUAAAAUUAAUAAAUGGAUUGAAAAUGAGACACAUGGCAAAAUUAAGAAAGUGUUUUCUGAUGGUGGCAUAAGCUCAUCUGCUGUCAUGGUGCUGGUGAAUGCUGUGUACUUCAAAGGCAAGUGGAAAUCUGCCUUCACCAAGAGUGAAACGUUAAACUGCCGUUUCAGAUCUCCCAAGUGUUCUGGGAAAUCAGUGGCCAUGAUGCAUCAAGAACGGAAGUUCAAUUUGUCUGCCAUUCAGUACCCAGCCAUGCAGGUCCUUGAGCUCAGAUAUCAUGGUGGCAUAAGCAUGUACAUUUUGCUGCCCGAGAUUGACCUGUCACAAGUUGAAAACAAACUGACCUUUCGGAAUCUAAUGGACUGGACCAGUCCAAGAAGAAUGAAAUCUCAGUAUGUUGAGGUGUUUCUUCCUCGGUUCAAGAUAGAGAAGAAUUAUGAAAUCAAAGAACACCUGCGAGCCCUGGGGCUGAGUGAUAUCUUUGAUGAAUCAAGAGCUGAUCUCUCUGGCAUCGCCUCGGGAGGUCGCCUCUACAUAUCGAAACUGAUGCACAAAUCAUUCAUAGAGGUUUCUGAGGAGGGAACCGAGGCAACAGCUGCCACAGGAAACAACAUUGUAGAAAAGCAACUCCCUGAAUCUACAGUGUUUAGAGCUGAUCACCCAUUCCUAUUUGUCAUCAGGAAAGAUGACAUCAUCUUGUUUAGUGGCAAAGUCUUUUGCCCUUGAAAAUCCUGUUAGUUUCUAUUCGUAGUCCCUGCCACAGCAAAGAAACAUCACAAGUGAAUAGAUUUAGUUGGAAGCAUGUGGUGUUGCUCUCGAGUUGAUUUCUUCCUGACAUUGGCCAGCAGAUGAUAUUGGUGACUUGACCCUUCUUGAACGCCUGGUUGAUUGUCUUGAUCCCUGCUUUUAGCAUUCCUGCCACCAUUUGCCUCACCCAUUUCUGA